UUGAAUGCAAAAUUGGUUGAUGAUAAGUGUCGCUUUAGCCAAAUUGAGUUAUUUUGUCACGUUUUUAUUGUUAAUUAGUUGAAAUUACUAGUAUUCCCGAACGAUGUCAUAUGACAUUACCAUCUUCCUGAUCUGGGGUUGGGCCCUGGGGAGAAUGUCUGAGGCUUUACAGUCAGGUAAUGGCUUUGACUAUCCACUGACUGGAGGGGAACAAACCGCGGAGGGCUUCGGUCAUGAGGAUGCUGGCAUUGCCUCUCAGCCUAAAUAUCCUGCAAGUCUUCCAGUUCUGGAGUUUCCAAAGCCUUUGGUAGGUCUGGUGAGAAGGAAAAGGGAUUGGGUCAUUCCUCCCAUCAACUUCCCAGAGAACGCAAGAGGCCCUUUCCCCAAGUACAUGGUGCAGAUGAGAUCCAUCAAUGAUAAAAAGGUGAAGAUCCUGUACAGCAUCACUGGUUCUGGAGUAGAUCAACCCCCUGUGGGACUGUUCGCUGUGGACAAAAACUCUGGCUUUCUCUAUGUGACCCAGCCUUUGGACAGAGAGAGACAAGACCAUUAUGUGCUUUUGGCUCAUGCUGUUGGCGCGGGUUUAGCAGAAGAAUCAAUGGAGAUUAUUGUUCAAGUAAUUGAUAUGAAUGACAACAAGCCAGUUUUCACCCAAGAUCCUUUUACAGGGAUUGUCCCGGAAGCAUCCCGACCAGGGUUUGAGGUCAUGGAGGUCACAGCCACCGAUGCAGAUGAGCCUAACUCAGCCAAUUCUGAUGUCAGAUACACUAUUAUAAAUCAGGAACCUGUGCUGCCGAGUCCCAACAUGUUUGUCAUCAACCCUGUCACAGGAGGGAUCCGGGUCAAUGCUGCUGGACUGGACAGAGAGAAUUUUCCAAAAUAUACAUUGGAAAUCCAAGCUGCUGAUUUGGAGGGCAAUGGUCUGAAAUGUUUCGGAAAAUCCAUAAUUACUGUAAUGGACAGGAAUGACAUAGCUCCUCAAUUUGAGAAGUCUUUGAACACGGUGUCUGUCCCAGAGAACAAAGUGAAUGCCCUUGUGGUCAAAUUGCCAGUGAGUGAUGGAGAUGAGCCACACUCUUCCAACUGGGCCACCAAGUACAGGAUUGUAGAUGGAGACCCAGGUGGAAUGUUCACUGUAAACACUGGACCUAGUAGACUGGAAGGAAUCAUUACCACAGCCAAGCCCCUUGACUUUGAGAAGGACAAUCGCUACACCCUGUUGGUGACUGUGGAGAAUGAGGUCCCAUUUGCCACCCCCCUGCCCACCUCCACCUCCACAGUCCAGGUGAAUGUGGAGGAUCGGAAUGAUGCCCCUGUCUUUGACCCAGUGGAAAAGGUUGUUUCUAUAUCUGAACACCUGCCAGUGGACAGUGAUUUGGUUCUGUAUACAGCCAUUGAUCCAGACAUCAUGGCACAUAAACUCAUGUAUCGCAUGGACAGAGAUCCUGCUAAAUGGCUGGACAUCAACAGUGAGACCGGAAUGAUCAAAACCAAACACUCCCUGGACAGAGAGUCUCCCUUUGCCAAAGAUGGCAAAUACAGAGUUCUCAUUCUCGCCAUCGAAGAUGAAAUCCCUGCUACUGGAACUGGAACCAUUCUGAUAGAGCUGGAAGAUGUAAACGACAAUGCUCCGACUAUUGAUGACACCCCGUUGAAGCUCUGCAACCAAGACCCCCGUCUAGUGCGUUUGGCUGUGACAGACAGAGACGGGCCAGGCUUUGCUGAAGCCUUCAGUGUAGAACUUCUGGAAGGGUCCAAUAUGUAUUGCGCUGCCCAAAUGGACGAAACAGGAACUGUGGUUGAAUUGACAUUCAAGGCCAUGAGGGAGCAGAGAAACUUCUACAUUAAUCUGAGGGUCACUGAUGCUGGCGGGCUGGAACAAGACCAUGUCAUUCACGUCACCAUGAAUGAGGACAGCUGCAUGACCUGGGGGGAUUUCUGUGUUAGAUCCUGACCUAUAUGACAUUUCCUUAGCAUUUUAUAGCUUGCAGAGCUGGAUUGCUUGUUUUGGGAAGGUUGUCACUUUUUUGACAGCAGGGGUAUGUCACAAAGCCAGAAAUUAGUAGGAAAAUUCACAGCUAAUUUGCCAGUAUUUUUUCCAUCAAAGUACUGAACAUUUUUCGGAAUUACUUAUGUCAACGCAUAUUUUUUUGUUCACAUUUUCUAUUUCUUUUGCUCGUUGUGUGUGCAUUUUUACAUUUCAAGGCAGAUAUGGGUUUGUAUACAUUUCCUCGGGAACUGCUGAUAUAUUUUACAAUUGUUGAGAAGGUUGCUUGUUUUUUAUUUCCAUGGAGAACAUGAUCAUUUGCAUGCUUGCAGAGAGGUUUAUGCAUGUUUCUAAUAUAAAUUGAAUAAAGCCUUUUUGGUUCAUUCUCA